AUGGGGUGCAUAUUUGUGGGUGGAUUUAUGCGCCGGUCCUUCGAUCCUGUAAGCUACGACACAGUCAUAUCUCGCCUCGGGGAUGCGUUUGACCAUACGGUGGUGCCAUUUAUCAGAAGGGGUCAGAACCGGGUCGUUCGACGUGAGAUUUUCAUUUUGAAUGACGUAAGCCCAGGCCAGGGCAAGAGGCCAGAGGGGGAGUGGCUGACCAGAGUCAAGAAGAAGAGUGUGAACAAGCACAUUGAGAGCGUCAUGUGCCCGUUCGACCUUCCCAUUAAGCUGAGGGGUGUACGCGAGUGUCGUAUGGUGGGUCAUGUGGCGUGA